UCGUCAUUACUGUGCGACAGAAAUAGGUGAAAGGUUUCCUUCCAUCCACUACAAAACAGCGGCUAACCUCUGCCUUUUUUCGGCAAAUUCUAUUUAGAGCUUUGUAAAGGGGAAACGGUGAUAACACUUUUGUCAUAGACAAUGAGUCUGAAUAGGCUUUUCUUUUUAUCUAACUCGCUUAAAGUUGGAAGAAGAUUAAUAAGACCUCAAAUCGGACAAACGAGAAAAGAACCCCUGUCACAUCUUCAGGUGCAACGCUCAAUUAAAACCAACUCGAGGAAUCUUGCGUAUGCCAAGGAUUUGUUUCUUGGUAAACUAAACAAGGAUGAAGUUUUCCCCUACCCUGAAAUUACAAAUGAGGAAUUAGAAGAAAUAAAUCAAUUCGUUGUCCCUGUGGAGAAGUUCUUCAAUGAGGAUGUCGAUUCGAAGAGGAUAGACCACGAGGCCAAGAUUCCACCUGAAACUUUGAAUGGGUUGAAGGAGUUGGGGCUGUUUGGGAUUCAGGUCCCUGAAGAUUAUGGUGGACUGGGGUUGUCCAACACCAUGUAUGCCCGUCUGGGGGAGAUCAUAUCUCUGGAUGGUUCCAUCGCUGUCACACUUGCAGCUCAUCAAGCUAUUGGUUUAAAGGGGAUUCUGAUUGCUGGUAAUGAGGAGCAGAAGGCCAAGUACCUGCCCAAACUGGCAACAGGGGAGAACGUCGCUGCCUUCUGCCUUACAGAGCCUGGGAGCGGGAGUGACGCUGCCUCUAUUCAGACCAAAGCAACGCUGACAGAGGACGGGACUCAUUACCUAUUAAAUGGGUCAAAGAUAUGGAUAUCGAAUGGUGGCUUUGCAGACAUAAUGACAGUGUUUGCCCGGACUGAGGUGGUGGACAAAGACGGGCAGAAGAAAGACAAGAUCUCUGCUUUCAUCGUGGAGAGGGCAUUCGGUGGCAUCACCAGUGGCAAGCCAGAGGACAAGCUUGGCAUCCGCGGCUCCAAUACUUGCGAGGUGACUUUUGAGGACACCAAGGUGCCUGUGGAGAAUGUUAUUGGAGAAGUCGGCGGUGGAUUUAAGGUGGCCAUGAACAUCCUGAAUAGCGGCCGCUUCAGCAUGGGCAGUGCCGGCGCCGGGAUGAUCAAGAAGCUGAUCGAGCUGACUGCAGAGUACGCCUGCACAAGGAAACAGUUCAACAAGAAACUGAGUGAUUUCGGAAUGAUUCAGGAAAAGUUCGCUACCAUGGCUCUGAAUGCCUUUGUGAUGGAGAGUAUGGCCUACCUCACUGCUGGGAUGAUGGAUAGGCCAGGCCUUCCGGAUUGUUCUCUUGAGGCAGCCAUGGUCAAGGUGUUCAGUUCAGACGGCGGCUGGGUGUGUGUGAGUGAGGCACUGCAGGUCCUGGGAGGCCUAGGCUACACCAAGAACUACCCCUACGAGCGCUACCUCAGGGACUGCCGCAUCCUUCUCAUCUUUGAGGGUACCAAUGAGAUCCUGAGGAUGUACAUCGCACUCACAGGCAUGCAGUAUGCUGGCAAAGUACUGACAGGAAAGAUCAAGGAGAUGAAGAGUGGGAAUGUCGGCGUGGCCUUUGAGAUCAUGGGCAAUAAGCUGCGCCAGACUCUGGGCAGGCAUCAGGAUCUGGGUCUGACUGGGAAGGACGGCGUGGUCCAUGCCAGCCUGCAGGACAGUGCAAAGCAGCUUGAGGAGAAUGUGGCUUUCUUUAGCUCUACUGUGGAGGGCCUGUUGUACAGAUUUGGAAAGUCGAUCGUGGACGAGCAGCUGAUUCUGAAGCGCGUGGCGGACGUGCUCAUUAACAUGUACGCCAUGACCGCCGUGCUGUCCAGAUCCAGCCGCUCCAUCAGCAUCGGCCUCAGGAACCACGACCACGAGGUGCUCCUUGCAAACACAUUCUGCGCCGAUGCCUAUUUCAAAAACAACUUGUUGAUGACUCAGCUGCAAAAAAAUUCGCCAGAGAACAACGACGCAAACAUCAAGAAGAUUGCCCAAGAGGUGCUGGAGAAGAGAGCCUAUGUCUGCUCUCAUCCAUUGGAAAGAACUUUGUAAAAAUGGCCCACUGUGAUCUAAUCGGACGAUGCCUCCAUCCCCCCCACUCUGGUCUCGUCCCCACGCUCCAUCCAUGACCGAGUCCUUUUCACUACCCUCUCAUCUGGCUGUCAUUCUGUUUUCUCAGUCAGAUCGGGUUUUGAAUUGUUUUAUGAAAAGCUCUUAGCUCCAAUGUUAAUUUAACCUGUGUACAUAUGAAAUACAGUAAAACAAAAAAAAAUGAUUUAUUAAAAGAACUCUUAUCUUUUAUUUUGGAAUAUGUUUUUAAUAUACUACUUCUACUACAGCAUCACAAAAAAAGUGUUGUUUUCCUGUACCAGGUGCCUUUUUUCUUCAUUAGAUAUUGUUUUUUCAUUUGAAGAUGUCUUGACAUAAAUGCCUUAUCAUGUCUGCAACCCACCAAAGUGCCACUUCAUUGCGCUAUCUAGAGGAAGCCAGUGUUGAGUCUGUGGGUGGGUGGGUGAAGCCCCUUAAGUAUUUAUUAUUAAUGCAGAUGGGGGACCGCUGUUCUGUGGCUGCGUGGCUGCGCGUCUCUGGGACGUUUUCCGGCUGCUGGUGUUUGGACAGCCAUGGGCCGUGGCGGUUUGGUGACCUCGCCGCCGCGGCUCUGAAAGCGAUACACCUCCAGCUCCGCCUCUGCCAGUGGUAGCGCUUCCCUCUUGUGCUGGAACGAGCACGCCCUCCAGUAGCGCCUGCCCCCCAAGGCACAAAACACACACACACACACACACACAAAAAACACACACAAAACACACACGGUUUAUUAUGCAUGCUCUUGCACAGGCCGUGUGAGUUGAGCGUGGUUAGAUGCUGUCCUGCGCUCCCUGUUCUGCUAACUCGGUAGCAUCGAAUCUUCAAAUAGCAAUCCUAAUAUCUUGCUUUUCUGCAGUCAGUCAUGAGUAUGAUUCACUACAUGAAGAUCUGUUAGCAUGUUAAUACAUAUAUCGCACUCUCCUCUUUCCCUCUCUUUAUGUCUCCCCAUCUCUCUCCCUCUCUCAGUUUCUCUCUCUCUCCCUCCCUCUUUCCUCUCUCUCCCUAGUUGUUUUGCGCUGCGAUCUAACUUUGUUUCUUUGUUACUUUUUUCUUUAACUUCAGUGUCUUUAUUCACCUGAAGGAGUUGUUAUUUUUAUAUUGGGUGGAAGAGUGGUGUGGGUCAUUGCUUCUGUUCUGGUCGUCAUCAGACUCUUGUCCAUGAGGGCCACGUGGUGCCCUUCUCUGCCUCUCUUCAUCGGCUGCCCCUGAGGCCUCCGGGACAGGAACAGUCUGUUCACACACACACACACACAAGACUGUCACACUAAAACCAGACAUCUUGAUUUCCGUUUAUGACUUAUGACACCCAGCUGGAUGGUUCUGUUUUGAAUUGAAUAGUGUUGUGUAUGGCCAUGCAGUAUUUUUGCAUAAGAUAUAAACACUUUUCUCUAACA